GCCCAUCGCUCUCAUUCAUCUACCGUCCGCCUUCGAGUGCGUAUCACCUGCCUUCCCAAACCCUACCUGUUUACGAGUCGUCCGUGCGUCCGCAGUGCCUUCGCUCCCGCCGCUAGGACCGCACGCCAUGCUUCACGAGAUGCAGCUAGCCAAGCCCGCGGAGUACUUCGUGUCUCAGCGGCCGCACUUUGACGCUCCGAAAAUGGUGCCGAUAGCUCCGGCACCCGACAAGCGGUGCCUCACGCUGGACCUGAACGUGGACCGGAGGAAGUACAACUACAAGAACACCCCGUACACCGGGGUGCAGUCGGUGUCGAUCGCGCGCCGCAACGCCCGGGAGAGGAACCGAGUGAAACAAGUGAACGACGGCUUCAACGCGCUGCGCAAGCGGCUGCCCGCGGCCGUCAUCGCCGCCCUGUCGGGAGGCGCGCGCCGCGGCUCCGGCAAGAAGCUCAGCAAGGUGGACACGCUGCGCAUGGUGGUGGAGUACAUCCGCCACCUCGAGGGACUCAUCGAGGAGAGUGACGAAGCGCUGGGGAUCCCUAAACAAGCGACACAAGUAUCAUCCAUGGAGGCCUACCACCAGGAUAUGGACGAGGGAGUGUUCGCGGGACGCGUGUCUCCGUACUCGGACUCGGUGCCGUCGCCGGUGGACUCCGAGUGUUCCUCGGGAGUCUCCUCAGCCUACUCCGGGGGCUCCAACUACUUCAUCAACAGCCUACAAACAAGCACCGAGCAACACAGCCCUAUGGAAGAUGACGAGCUGCUAGACGCCAUCUCCUGGUGGCAACACAAGUGAAGUUGCUAGCAUAGUUAUGUUAUGUAAAUAGUUUGUUCUCUAGUCAAUUGUUAUUUAUUUUGUGAACAUUGUCGUUUCAAUGAUGAAGGCUGUGAAUCAUGGCAUUGUGUAAAUAUUGUUUCCGAAUUUUUGUAAGAAACAAGCGAACUAGCUGUAAGCUUUAGAAAAUAUAAUAAAUAAAUACCAACCUUAUA